GCAGUGCCAAGGCUGAGGUAAAAAUAGCCCUGGGCUCUCUAUGAUCCCACCCUGUUUCUACCUGAGAACCCAAACAAUCAACACCAAGCAGCCAAGACAGCCGUGGUGGUGGUGCCGCACGCAACACUCCCGCAACACUCAUGGCGGUGCAGGUGUCUGGCCUGCACCUGGCCGGGCCCGAGGUGGACCCCGAGCCUCUGAGGGGCAUCAAGACCUUCGUGAGGGACAUUCUUCCCCGGCAAAGCCAUGCGUCCCCUGAGGGGGGCACCACGCCAGUCCUUGGUGCUCCAGACUUUGAGGACUUCCAGUGUGACAACUCUCGACUCAAGCGCAAGCCCUGCCCUGUGGAAAAUGAAUCUGAUGACUCUGAUGAGUCAGAUUCUGAGCACCUGCCAUCCUGCAAGAGGCAGCGCAUCACUGUGUCUGCCAUGAGACGUUUGUUUGCCAAGUUCAGUCUCAGCGACACAAAUGGAAGCUCUCAGCCAGACACAAAGGGAGAGAGCCAGGCAAACUCAGAGCCCUCAGAUGGAGCAACGGCCCCACCACACAGCCCAGACAGACCACCAGCAGACAGUGACACAGAGAACAACCUGAAUGAGAGCACACAACAGACCAGCAACCUGAACCGAUCCUCACCAGUCACAGUGAGGUCCGGGAAGCGCAUCAGUGAAUCAGAUGACGACGAGGAACACGGGGACAAACGGCAGCGGACCAGCGAAGACCAGGCUGGCGGUGAGGAGGAGGAGAAGCAUGAGAAAGAGGAGACAACAGAGCAGGAGGAGCAACGUGAGGAUCACAGUAAUGAGGAGGAUAACAAAAGUGUGGCCAAGGCACCCGAGGACACAUCAAAGAACAACAAGCGGCAGGCAGACACAAGGGAGAGUGACACAGACGAUAAAGAGGAGCCAGGCAGCAAGGUGAAGCGGACCCGUCGCCUGCGUCGUGGCCUGAGGCUCUGCACUAAUAUCACCUGCUACAUCGAGCAAGUCCUCUACAACUGACCUUGUGAGGCUGGCAUUCCCUCACACCAUGGGAGGGAUGCUAAGCUGACAGUGUUCAUAUAAUCUUGUUCUUACAGGGAGACUUUAUUUUAGAGUUUGUUUAUGCUGUGCCAUGCAGAUUAUUCCUGAGGUGUGAUUAUUUUCUUCCAGUGAUGAUAGAUAUUACUGUGUUCUAAUUUCAUUAUUUAUAGGAGAGAUAUGUGUUCAUUUGAGUCAGUCACAGGAGAGAAUGUGUUUUUAAAAAAGUAGAAUUACUGAACUUUCAAACUGAUUAAUGAACGAAGUCACUACCUUGCUCAGGCUUGCUUGUGUGUUCAUUGUGAUAUUUUUGUCAGUAUCCAACACACCCUUCACUUACACCAACACACAUUGCCCCUCUCUUUAAUUACUCUCCCUUCACAACUCACAAUACAUCCCUGCACUACACAGUUACAAUAUACCACUACACCAUAUAGCUUUCUACAUAAAACCUUGUUUCCAUAAGUGGCUACUUAAUGCAUUCCUUAUGCUCAUAUCUUUUAUAAAGAUAUGCAAAAUUCACAACUACAUCUUGAGUUUAUGCUCCACAAGGAGAAAAUCUACACUGUACAAUCUAGACAGGUUGUUAUAAUUCAGAUAAGAGCACAUUCAACUGAGACAGACAGACAAACAGACAGAAAGGCUGACAGGAGGUUUCAAGACAUUUUUCCCUGAAUUUUGGAUAACUCACUUGACCUUAUAGGGAACUAGCAACCCAGUGGACCUUUUUUUUUUUUUUUUCAUUUUUUGUUGCCCUUGGCCAGUUGCCCCUCCUACAUAAACACAAACACACACACACACACACAGCUGUGAUCACUGUGGCCUUAGAAGACUGCACCAGUGUUAAUGGAGGUGGCAGCAGCAGCAGCCAGUACCCACCUUGCGGUUGAAGUAGAGAAAGCCAUUCUGACAGUUGAUGUUUCUGAAGGGAGCGAAGCACUUGACGGAGCCAUCCACACUCAUGGGGUGGUAACGCAGCUCACCGCGCACUGUCAUGAACACCCAGUGAGGGUACGGCCCACAGAUGAACACCUGAAACACAACACACUCAUAGAGCAUACACACAAACACACCCACACACACACACACACACAGACAGCAAGAUACCUACCAGCCAUGAUCAGCAAACAUGUACUUAGGUAAGAAUGCUGUGAUGAUGUACCUGUACAACUCUUUAGGUUUUGGUGUCAGGUUUGGUGGUGAUGUAAACAGAUGGUCAAUGUGCUCAAGGUAUGUACUCAUGGAAUUGUAUUGUUAUAAAAAAGAGCAUAUAAAUACAUAGUAAACUAUUAUAUAUCUUAAA